AUGCGAUGCAUGCAGCACAUGCGCACAAUAUGGGAAACAGAACAAAAGGAACCAAUGAAAUCUCUACCAAUACCAACAAUGCCUUGGCAGAUAGUAAGCCAAGACAUCUUUACACUUAACCAACAGAAUUACCUAGUCACUGUGUGCCACUUCUCAGGUUGGCUUGAAGUAGACAAAUUAAAAGGCAUCAUGUCCAGCACAGUUAUACAGAAGACCAAAGACCACUUCACUUGCUUCGGGAUCCCAAAGAUAUGUCACACAAACAAUGACUCCCAAUUGGCUAGCGAAGAGUACGACGAUUUUGCAACAUUCGGGUUCAAACACACAACCUCGUCACCAUACCAUCCACAAGGAAACGGGAAAGCAGAAGCAGCUGUAAAGGUUGCCAAAUCUAUGCUCAAGAAGUUGGAGGAUUUUCACAGCGCCUUAUUGAAUCACAGAAACAACCUCUCAACGCAUGUUUUUCCGCCGGACACGGACAACUCUGUCCACAAGUGA